UUGUAUACGACCUGUCUACUUGGAAUAUGCAGUUUGAGGUUUUUAAUGAUUGUGGUUACUUAUCAAUCAGGAAAAAAUCUAGGUCGACUUCAUUUACCUUAAUUCUGUUUUAAUUUUGUUUCCGAGAACCCAGAUUAUUAUGCCUAUUUACAAAAACCGAAUGUAUUUGUAUAUGAACAGCAAUGUCUAAGUCACAUAGUGGAAAUAGUGAUUUCUCCAAAGGAAAGUCAAUAAUUGAGUACCCAAUUUGUUACUGUGGAAUGAAAGCUUGUCAAAGAACUGCACAUACGGAGGAAAAUGAUGGGCGGCGGUUUUUUGGAUGUCAAAACUAUAUGUUUGGAAAGUCUUGUGGAUACUUCUGCUGGGAUGACCAUGAAAUUCCAGCAUAUUGCCAAAAGACGAUCAAACGAUUACAACACAAUGUUGAUAAAUUAAAAGUUGAAGUUGAAAAGAUCCAAGCAUCAAGGGAUAUCCAAUCCUUGAAUCAUCGACUAGAAAUAGAGGCUGAGAGGCGCAAGAGGCAACUGGAGAAGGCUACCUACGUGCUAACAAUUUCAUUGUCGUGGUUAUUCUUUCUUGGGAUACUUAUAUCCAAUUGUGGUUGGUCGAAAGGAAAAUGUUUCUCCUAGUUUUAGAAGUUAGCAACUAGGAAAGUCUUUGUAGCUUUGUGAAAGCUGUUUGUGGCAGUUGUUUGUA